CAGGCACACCUCCCGUCGCUCGCGCACAGUCGCUUUGUGGCGUUUUAUAUUUGCCAGCUACCGGUGAGUUUUAUAAGUUUAUAAGUUACAAAACACAGUUCUGUAGAGGAUUAGCGGAAGACAGAGACACGUGUGGCUCGCCUACCAGCUCUCUAAACUCAGCGUGAGAAGUACCAGUUGGUGGUUGUUGUCGUUGUGAAAUGGAGUUGUCGGAGCACAUCAAGACCGCUAAUGUUGAAGAUGUUACCCUGAGAAGACCUUUCCAUCCAGCGCUCAGAGGAACCCUGUGCGUUACCAGCCACCACCUUCUGUUCUCAGACAGAAAGGAUGAAGCUUCCUGGCAACUUCUCAUUCUCCUCAAGAACAUCGAUGCCAUUGAGAAAAGUAUCGAGAAUCUUUUCGGAUACCCCAGGGCUGUGGGAUCCUCUGGUACUAUCACCAUUAAAUGUAAGGACCUGCUGGUUCUUCAGUUGGAAAUUCCUGGAAUGGAGGAAUGUCUGAACAUAGCCAGUUCUAUAGAGGCUCUUUCGUCUCUGGAAAGUAUGACAGAGAUGUAUCCCUUCUUCUACAGACCGUCACACCUUACUCUGCACGGCCCAUGGGGCCUGUCCUCGACAGAGCAAUAUUACAAACAAACAGAAAGACUGUGGGACAGGUGGAGAGUCAGUAAAGUAAACUCAGAUUACUCUGUAUGCCCAUCGUAUCCAUCUGCGGUCAUUGUGCCUCGUGAGGUGGAUGAUGACAAGCUGAUCCGCUCAGCCAGGUUCAGACAGGGCGGCAGAUUUCCUGUGCUCUCCUAUUGUCACCAUAGGAAUGGAAUGGUGAUCAUGCGAAGCAGCCAGCCUUUGACAGGAGCCAAUAAAAAGAGAUGUAAGGAGGAUGAGCUCCUUCUCCAGGCUGUGAUUGAUGGGUCAGAGUUGGGUUACAUUAUCGAUCUGCGUUCUGCCCAGCAAGCCCAGCAGGCCCGCAUGACAGGAGGAGGUUUUGAGUCUAAAUCCUGUUAUAGCCACUGGAAAAGAAUCCAUAGACACCAUGAAAGGGGUAAGGUUGUGCAGGAGAGUCUUACUAAGCUGGUGGAAGUGUGCAGUGACCCGUCGCAUAGUGUGGACCGCUGGCUCAGUAAAUUGGAGAACUCCAAAUGGCUUUCUCAUGUUCACAGUGCGCUGUCCACUGCAGGCCUGGUGGUAGAGUGUGUGGAGAGGGAUGGUCACUCUGUACUUGUGCAUGGCUCUGAAGGGACAGACAACACGCUGCUGGUGAGCUCAUUGGCUCAGCUUGUCCUAGACCCUGCCUCUAGAACUGUCACUGGCUUCCUCUGCCUGCUAGAGAGGGAAUGGAUACAGGCUGGACACCCAUUCCAGCAGCGCUGUGCUCAUUCGGCGUACUCUCAUGCCCGUCUGAAGCAGGAGUGCCCAAUCUUCCUGCUGCUGCUUGACUGUGUGUGGCAGGUGUGGCGGCAAUUUCCUCUGGCACUGGAGUUUAGUGAGGCCCUGCUGCUCCGACUGGCACAAGAGGUUUAUGCUUCUAACUAUGGAACCUUCCUGUGUAACAGCGAGCAGGAGAGAUGUGCUGCAGGAGUGAAGGAGAACACACACUGUUUGUUUCAGUCCCUGUUGAAGCCUGAUAUUGAAGAGCAGUACCUCAACCCACUGUAUGAACCCACUGAUUUGGCCAUUUGGCCCUCAGUACAUCCACAGUCCUUACAGCUAUGGACAGGGAUGUUCCUCAGGUGGACUGAGUAUGCUCAGAACAUGGAGGAAGCGCGAGAAGAGGUGUGGAGCAUUGUGAAAGAGCACCGUGAGCGAGCUGGACCCGACCGGACCAAUAACACGCUUAGUACACACUGUGACACCUUGACCCCGUUUGAGAACCUCAUGGAUGAGCUGACUAUCUUGUGACCUCAUGGUCGAAAAGAUGUUGUAGAGCCUGUUACUACUAUGUGUUUCUUUGCAAGAGGUUUGUAUCACUGCCAAUCAGAUAUACCGGCAUUUAAAGAGCUUUUAGAUGUUAUGUAAUUUACGAUAGCCAUCAUUUAAUAAUAAUCAGACAAAAUGGGCAUUACGGCCUUCUGUCUGAACUUCAAGCAAAAUGCUAAACAGUAAACAGUCUCAAAUAGGGGAAAAUGUAGGUUUGUUGUAUUGUGUUUGAUUAGUUUGUUGUUGAAAUUUACUGUGGUUACAUGAGACAGCAUCAGUCAUGAUGUUUUACUGUAAACAUUUUUCACACUGUUACAGACAGCUGAAUGUUAAAUA